AUGAUUUAAAAUUCUACAACAAGUCCUCCAAAUGAGGAUUCUCUAUGCAAACCUAUUAUUUAACUAAUGUCAACUAUGAAUUAACAAUAAAUGAGAGUACGUAAACCUUCUUAAGAAAGUAGAAAAUAAAUUCAAUCUGAAAAUCAAUAAGUGAAAAUUACUCAUCCAAAAUCACCUACUUUAACAUAAGUUAGUGUAUAAAUAGGAUCAGAUAGAGCAUCACCUCAUAAUUAAUAAGAUUUACUUCUUAUUAAUGAAGAACCUAGUAAUAAGGAGGAUUCUCAAUAAUUAAGUAUGAUAAAGAAAAGAAAUGAUUCAGAUUAAUUAUUUAAGAAAUCUGUUUUUAAUAAGAAUAGAAGUUCUCAUUCAUCCUUUUCAUUAUUAUACAGAGAGAAAACAACACUAUUAUCUAAAAUAAUCCUUACAAAAAAGUAGUUUAAAUUGAUUAAUGAUUUGUCAGCCUAAUACUUUGUCCCAUUAAAAGAUCAAAUAGAGAAAUUCAUUUAACGUGAAUGUGCUCCUAAACUUUUCAUAUUCAGUGUAUAUAUUAUUUUUCUUUUAUUUUAUCUAACAAUUUUAUUAAUAGAGAUUGGAUGCAAUAAAUUGAUAAUAUCAAAUUUUGCUAUAUUCUAAUACAUUAUGUUAAUAACUCAAAUAAUUGAGUUUUCAAAGUAAAUAAUAUUUUAUAGAGGAGAUAUUUGGAAUAUUAUUAUUGAUAAUUUAGGAUUAAUACCAUUUAUUUCUUAUUAAAUUAACAAUUUACAAUCUUAAAAGUUAAUAUAUUUAUUAUAUUUGAUCAGGAUAAGGAAAAUUAAUAAUUGUAUUUAGAAUUUAAACUUUUACUCUAAUUAAUAAGAUUAUAUAUUUGUUAUAAAAAUAACUAUUUAAUUACAUUUUUUUACUUGUUUUGCCUAAACGAUCAUAUUUAUGUUUACUUAAAUUGAAUAAGAUUAUAUUAUGUAUAUAUAGAAUAUAUUUACAUUAAUAUUUGUUACUCCAUAAAUAAUUGAUCAAUAUUACUUUCUCAUAUAUUUAAUUAAAAUACUUUUGAUAAUAUUUUAUAUGUAUAAAUUCAAACAAAUAAUCAAUUAUUAAUCACUUAAUCUUGAUUAAUAAUUAAAUUAUUAACCAAAUACAUAAAAAUUGAUUUAUCAAUAUAGUUAUUAAAAACAAUAAUAAAUAUUUGAUAUAAAUUAAAUGCCAAACUUUGUAUAAAAGAAAAUGAAAAGAGAAAAAUAUUAUAAGAUUUUAUCAGAUAUUCCAAUAUUUAAUUUAUCAUUCUCAACUUAGACUAUACUUAAUAUUUGUGAUUUAAUUUAAGAAUAAAUAUUAAAACCUAAUGAAAUCAUUUUAUAAAAACCAGCAUUAUAUAUUCAUUUAUAAGGAGUUAUUUAAUUAAUUUAAAAAGGUGAUACAUCUUUAUAAGAAUUUAAAUUAACUAAAAUUAAAAAUCCAUUUUAAAUUUUUAAUAAUGGAGCUUUUUUUAAAAAUUAAAUGUAAGGAAUUUAAUUUGAAAGCAUAGGAUAUUCAAAAAUAGCUUGUUUAAAUUCUUAAUAAUUUCAUUAAUUAAUAAAAAAAUGUCCAAGAGAAUUUUAGAAAUAUAGAAUGUUAAUUGACACUAUAGUACUACAUAAUGAUCCUUAUUUAACUAGUAUUUGUUGUUUUGGAUGUCAUCAAGCUCAUGAAAUAACAUAAUGUCCAUUUGUAAAUUACAAACCUAAUAAAUAUUUGAUAAUUAAUAGUUAUAAAUUUCAUAAUGAAUAGAGUAGAGUAUCUGAUUUUAAAAGAGUAAUAAUCUUUUAUAUUUUAAUUAGGAAAUUCAUAGAAAAAAAAAGAAAAUUAUUAUAAAAUCUGAUGAUAAUUAAGACGAUUAUUCAGAAUCCUUUGAAUCAGAAGAAAAAGAUAAAGUGGAACCUUUUAAUAAAAUACUCCCAUCAUAAAAUUCUUCAUCAAGUUCAAAUAAUAUUAAUAAUCUAAUCAAUCAAUUAGAAUUAAGUUCUGUUCCUUAUGUGAGUUAUUCACAUAGUGGAUAGACAUUGUAUUCUAAAAGAAUGGAUUCUGAUAAUUUUUUAUCAGUUCAAGGAAUUAGUAGUAGUAAUAGUAGUAGAAAAAUAAUAUAAAAUGAAAUAAAAGAAAUAGGAUAGUCUAAAUUCUAAAAAUAUAGUUAAAAAGAAGAAAUGUAAGGAUCAUCUUUUUAAUAUAAUCCUUUAUAAAGAGUUUAGGAUAGUAUAUUUCAAAAUAAAAUAAAAUAUCAUAAAAAUAGUACAGAUAAAUAAACACAAUUUUAGAAGUAUCCAACAGAUAUUCAAUAGAAAUAAUAAUAAAGAGAUUUAAGAAAAAAUUAAACAAUGAUGAGUAAUUAUUCUAUAAUUGAAAAUCAGAAAUAAAGAAGAACAUCUAUUGAAGGUAAUUUUUUGUAAUCAUUUGAAAAAAUUAGUCAAUUUGAUGACUAUUUUCCACAUUACAAUCUAGAUUAAUAAAUAAAUAAUUAUUAAAGAAUUUAAUCAGUUAAUAAAGAUAGUAAUUAAUGA